AUGGCUGUGUUUCAGUACUUAAUACUGAUCAUGUCAGGCACCUCAGUCCGUAUCAUUGAUGGUAACAGCGCAACAUCAAACUGCAAGUCUAUGAAGAUACAAGAAUGGACUUUCCCAUAUACUGCUAUUGGCCAGGCAGCUUACUCGUUGGAAUUGUGUUCAUAUGAUACAGCUAAUGCUGGCCAUUCUCAGGCUACUGCAAGAUGUACUGAGCGAGCUGUGUUUGAAGGACUCGAGAUUGUAGAAUGUGACCUUACUCUUGAUGACAUUUGGUCAAAUGUCAGUAAAAGUCUUGAAGAAAAGCAUGUGCAGACGCUAGCCAGCAGUACACAGAUCCUGACGUCCAAACCGGCAUGGUUGACCGCCUCAGACAUCACCUCGGCAACGGGCAUAGUGAGCAUCAUCCUGUCCAGCACACGGACCCUGAAUAAGGUCAAGCAGCAUUUCAUCCUGUUUCUCAUAAACCGAUGGUUUCUGGGCAACACAGCUACAUUCACUGCCAACGGGGUUCAACUGAAAAGCAAAGUUUCCAAACAAGACAAUAACCCCUCUGAUGUUCAGAUUUUUAUCAAACUUUCAGACGAGUCUAAGCAGAAUGCAGACAUUACCGUCGGAUUUGUGGUCUACAAUAAUGACCACCUCUUUCAGUCGAAAACCUUCAAGUCCUCACUUGGCAGCAACAGGAAAGUUAUCUCUGGUAGUUUAAGCCAUGCUGCCCCUAAGCAAGUCAACCUAAAGUUCACACCCAAGAAUGUGCCCAACAAAAUCCUGCACAACUUUGCCUGUGUGUUCUGGGACUACGGCAUCAAUGACUGGAGCACUAGAGGCUGCUUUAAAGUCAACAGCUCUGAAGGACUUCAGUGUCAAUGUAACCACAUGACUAACUUUGCUGUGUUGAUGUCUUUCAAGGAAGACCAUAAAUAUGCUGAACCUUUGAGCUGGGUGAGCACUAUUGGCUGCUGUCUUUCCAUAAUGGGACUGAUCAUCACAAUACUUUUCCAAAUCAUGACCAGGAAGUCCAGGAAAAGCACUGCCACAGUCCUCCUGGUGAGCAUCUGUUUUUCCAUGACCAUCUUCUACUUCCUCUUCCUGUUUGGAAUUGUGAACCCCAACAGCCGUUUGAAGAGGGACAUCAGAGUGUCAGAGGAAAAUGUCAUCCCACGCUCUGACCUACAUCAGGAUCCUGACAGAGGGCCUUGCACGGCCCUCACGGCCCUGAUGCAGUACUUCCUGUUAGCCACAUUCACCUGGAACACCCUCUUUGCUUUGCACAUAUUCAUGCUGUUUAAGUUCACUUUUUCUAGUCCAUCAACAGGGUUUCAGGGAAUCUCCAUAGCAACAGGCUGGGGACUACCUGCAGUUGUGGUUGCAACCACAUUGGGAGUGUCCUACAGAGUGGAUGGACCUCUGCACUUUCGUCGAGAAGAGUUCACGAACAAGGACUCAUUGAAGAAGAAGUUCAUGGCCAUCUUCAAUUUGGCGGUUCUUCUGGGCCUCACCUGGAUUUUGGGUUACCUGGUGCUUGCCACCACAGAUAGUUCUCUAAACUCCAUUUUCAGCAUUGCAUUCUGUGUUUGCAACACAGCACAGGGUUUGUAUAUCUUCAUUGUAUUCACAGUGAGAACACCAGAUUUCCGCAGGAUGAUUUUGACAGUUGCAAACAAGUGGAACAUUUCCCACCUUGCUCUUCAUAGAGAGGUGUACAGCAUCAGUGACUCUUGUUUGGGUGCGGAGGGAUGUGUAACGCCUCUCAGAGGAGAGUGGGAUGAACUACUCCACCUCUACAAAUCAUCCAAUCACCACCUCCAUCCUUGGCACAUCCCCUCCAUUAGAAACCACACCUACUACAUAUACAACUACUACAAACUCCACAACCUCCACACCUCCUCCCACUACCAAUUCCACUCUUGUAACAUCCCCUUCAUUAGAAACUACAUCUACUAUUUACACUCCUAUCACAGAAUCCACCACCAACUCCCCUCUCGUAACUUCCCCUCCAUUAGAAACCACACCUACUACAUAUACAUAUACAACUACUACAAACUCCACCACCUCUACACCUCCUCCCACCACCAACUCCACUCUUGGAACAUCCCCUCCAUUAGAAACCACAUCUACUACACACACUCCUACUACAAGCUCCAUCCUCUCCAAUGCAACUCCUCCCACCACUACACCGACGACCCAACCCCCACUGAUGUGCGACAACGAUGGUCUGCUGCAGGAUGGAGUCUGCCUUUGCCCAGAUGA